CUCAAGAGCAAUAAUAAAGUGAGUUAGUGGGAGCUAGCUUGUUAGCAGAGACCGGCGCCAGUUGAAUAAUGACCCAGCCACCAAGGAACACUAUUUUCUUUUCUCUAUGACCUCUAGAAAUGAAAGGCCAAUUUCUAUACAUAUAUAUAGGGAGGACACAGCUGCGAAUUGAGUAGGGUAAAAAUAGAAGAGCAGUAACUAGCUAGCCAUAAGCCAGUAUUGUAAUUAAUAAUGAAGGGCGUAAGAAGUAGAGCACACGGUACUACUACUGAGAUGUUAGUGGUGGUGGUGGUGGUGGUGGCGGCGGCGGCGGUGUGGAAUGCAGGAGGAGCAGCUGCGGGGGGUUUGACGGCGAGGCAGUGCAAGGCGGAAAGGGAUGCGCUGAUUGGCGCGUGUAUGCCGGCGGUGGCGAGGAAGCCGCCCAGCACCUUCUGUUGCCUGCGCAUAAGGGUUUCCCACACCGAGUGCGUGUGCCCGGAGAUCACCCCCAAGGUCGUCUCCUUGAUUGACAUCAACUAUGCUAUCAAAGUCGUUCGUGGCUGCGGCCGCCCCGUCCCUCGACACUUCAAGUGUGGAAGUAUCACUACACCAUGAUCGAGCUGCGUGUAACCGUAUUUAUGUUAUUUAAUGUAUCACUACACCAUGAUCGAGCUGCGUGUAACCGUAUUUAUGCUGUUUAAUGUAAUAAUCAAUAAAUUAAGUAUAAUAAACUAGUUUUAAUUUUAAAUAAAUAAACUGUGGUUUUGUAUGUGUUUGUAUAAGAGGAUUGAUGCGACAAAGGGAUCGAUCAUGUUUCUUGGAACUAGCUUAUAAUCAAUCUGCGAAUUGGAAUAAUAUAUACAUGUGGAACUUUUAUUUUUAA